GAACGCAUUGAUCAACGGUAGCGUCACCAGAAAACCUCCCGGCGCUCACAGGCGACUCUGCUGCACUUCAGCGGAACAUUUGGAGGGCCACGGCAUGUCCCCCUCCCCUCCGAACAGCCCGCACACCAGGGGACUCGAUACGCCCAGCUGUGUAUGGAGACAGCGUCAAGCCAAACUCCAUUCAAGAAAUGUGGAAGCAGCCCGGUUCUCAGAGAGCCCAGACUGGGUCCCUACGGACCACAGAGUACCAGGAGAAGCUCUGCGAUCCAAGCAGUUAUAAGACUUUGGUCUUCACAGUACCACAGGCAGACCUCUUCCAUCCACUGGCUGGCACAAAAUACAUGCCAAUGACCACUUUUAGGAAAAAAUAUAUCCGCUGCAAACAGAUGAAAGUCCCACCAAAGGCCCCAACACCGGUUUUGCCACCAGAGUCCCCAGAGACCCCAGGGCCAUUUUUGCCACUAGAGGCCCCAAUGCCAUCUUUGCCACCAGAGGACCCAGAGCCAUCUUGGUUGCCAGAGGCCCCAAAGCCAUCUUGGUUGCCAGAGGCCCCAAAGCCAUCUUGGUUGCCAGAGUACCAAUUGCCACCUUGGUGGCCAAAGGUCCCAGACUCACCUCGAUUCAUCACCACUUACAAAUCUGAUUUUGUGGUCCACCCACUGCAGCCCAGGGAGAGCCCUUUGAAAAUAACUUCCACUCUUUGCUUAAAUUGAUAUAGAUGGCUUCCUUUUCCUCCUGCAUCAUCACUUUACCCCACCUCCUUUAUCCUUGUUCUUUCUGUUCUUCAUUCUUGCAAAUGAUCAUCAUAUUUCCAUCUCUCAAGACUUUUUAACUCUUUUUUUAACACUUUUUAAUCUCACCUACUUGAUAUUUUAAUAUUGGGGUUAACUUUACUGG